GAGCCGCAAAGACAGCUUGGAAAGUGACAGCUCCACAGCCAUUAUCCCCCACGAGCUGAUCCGCACUCGGCAACUCGAGAGCGUACAUCUGAAAUUUAACCAGGAGUCAGGAGCCCUCAUUCCUCUCUGUCUCAGGGGCAGACUCCUGCAUGGCCGGCACUUCACCUACAAGAGUAUCACAGGUGACAUGGCCAUCACAUUUGUGUCCACGGGAGUGGAAGGCGCCUUUGCCACGGAGGAACAUCCCUAUGCAGCUCAUGGACCCUGGUUACAAAUUCUGUUGACGGAAGAGUUUGUAGAGAAAAUGUUGGAAGACUUGGAAGAGCUGACUUCUCCAGAGGAAUUCAAACUUCCCAAAGAGUACAGCUGGCCUGAAAAGAAGCUCAAAGUCUCCAUCCUCCCUGAUGUGGCAUUCGACAGUCCGCUGCACUAGCCUGGGCUGGGCCCUGCAGGGGCCAAGAGGGGCUCAGCGGCUCCCAGUGACUUCAGUGUGACAGCUGUGUAAAAGAGACUCCCAUGAAUAAAAGGACAAGUGUGAGGAUGACUGCAAAGUGCUGUGCCCACCACAGGUCCCACCUCACCUCCGGCUCAGGGGCCUCACGCCCAGCUGUCAAACCCAUGACCAGGCCCCUGUCCUACACGCCGGUGAGCAAGGGAGGCUGCGCCUCCACCCUCCCACCCACCUGCUGCCGCCACAGGGUUGGUUACCUGAUGUGCUCCGCUCCAGGAGACAUCCUUGCCAUACAGUUGGGUGUGCAGAGCGCACGUGUGGAUGCCCUGCCCAGCAAGCCUCUGUGCAGUCAGGCUGCUGCAGCCUGUGGAACGACUGCUCCUGUCACCGAUGUCUCUCCUUCCUUAGUAUGUUGUGGAAACCGGAUGGUAUUUUUAUUUCUUGGCAAUGUAUAUAGUGGUUUUUAAACAGAACUUUAUUCCUAGAUGAACUUUAUUAUUCUCUUAGACAGGGGUCUGGGGGCUCUGCCUCCCCCACACUCUCUGCCCAAGAAGGUGCCUGGUGCUGCCCGUCAGCUCUGAGCCCUGGAGGAGCCUGAGAUAGGGAACUGCAGACACACUCUCCAUGCAGCCUUGGGUCCAGAUAUGCUGUGGCCUAGAAGAGGGUGCCAAUGCCUUCCAAAUGAAACUGGCUUCUACCAGGCUCUGGGGACUUUAGGGUCUCAAGGACAUGGUGGUCCCAGCUGUGUCUUCCAGGCCUUUUCUACGCAGCCAGGCCUGCCAAGUAGAGUAAAGCCACUGCCUCCUCACCCUGCUCCUCAGGGCUCCAGCUCUUUGAUUUCCCCAGUCCCCCGGAUUCCCAGCCCCCUGGGCUGUAGGACUCUAGCUUAUUAAAAACUGAGAAAUCAACCUCUCAACGUCCCUGUCACUUUAAUUCUGCUGACAGUGCUCUCUGUGGCCCUCCAUCCUUCCCACCUCUAUUUCUUGCCUUUUCCUAUAGCUGGCCCUCUGUGGGCCUCGUCCUCUCACCUGCACACUGUCCAGGAAGGAGACAGCCUGUCUCUGGCCAGCUGUGGGGGCUGCUUUCCAGAGAUGUCCUACUUCUGACCUGGAAAUGGCAAGCCCCUUUCCUCAACUUUUGCCUUCCCCUCUAGGUUUGAUGUUUCUUCUUCAUUCUUUAAGUUUAGAUCUCUCCAAAGGAACAACAUUUGUCUGUCAGGGACCUUGCAAGAGCUCCACUACUCUGUCUGCUUCCACCACUUACAGUGGGAACCGCCAGGGUACCCCAGGAGGCCCACAGUGGUCCAGCCAGAGAGCUGCCCCAGGAGCCUCGAGGAACCUGGCUGAGGGCUUGAGAAAGCAGAAGCUAGCCUUUUGAGGAAUGACUCAUUUGGCCCUUUCCACAUAUCCUAAAUCUAAGUGGUUAAUUCCCAGGUCAGCACUUGGGGACAGACCCACCUGGAGCCUCUGAGAGGCUGGCUUGCAACUCCCCACCAGCCAGGAUACAAGUCUCUCUGGAACAGACACCAUGCUGCCCUGGGACUUUUCCACAAGGAUACUUCCAACCCUGCCUUUAAAGAAAGCUCUUGUCUUCUGAAAGUGUGCUGACCAAGAGAUGCUCUCAGUUUGCCUCCAUUCCUUGCCAUCCUGACUGGUGCUGUAGUAGUUCCCCCUCCCCCAUUCUCCCUGGAGACCUGCCUAAGGGCCCCCAUGCAGCAUUUGGCCCUACCUCCAUUUGCCUGGCUUGGGGGCAAGAAUGCAUGCUAUGAGCUAGUUUCGUCCUUAGUAUGUGAGACUGCUGCUCAACCCCUUGCCCUGGGCCUGCAAGGUCUUUGCAGAUUGAGGGUUGCCACCACCUGCUUGGUGGCCCCGUUCUUGUGGAGCAGGGAAUGAAUGGCAGGCAAGCUCCAAAUGAGAUGUUGACAGGGUCUGAGGUCUCUCCUGCCCCCAUCCUGCCAGGAACCUCAGGAAUGUCUAAAAUCCUGCUGGGACCAGGCCCCCAUCAUUCCUUAGUGCAGUGGUUCUCAGCCUACAAGGACCAGGCCUCCUUUCCCAUGGGCUCUGGUUUCUUCCAGGGGGAUAUCAGGGAACAGGUUCCCCGUUAGGCUGCUGCCUGGGAAGGAGGGGCCCUAACAUCUGAUGGAGCAAGACUUACCACGUCACAUGGUGGGUGAGCUGUACAGGGCCCCUUUCUUUCCCUCCCUGAAGCCGUAUGGGGCUGUGUCCCAUUCCCCACCACCACCUUCUACAGACUUCCUCCAGGCUGUCCCCAUCCUUUGACCUUCCAGGUCCUCAGGACGAGACCUCUGCCUUCCUGUUGACUAAAUCUUUCCUGGGCCUGUGUGGGUUGCAGAGGGUGGCAAUGCCAGCUGCCAUGCUGGGGAGCUGUGUUCUCCUCUUCCAAGUGUGACAUGCUGCAACAGGUCCUGUGGAGGCCUUGAGGAGCCCGAAGGGGCCAGGACAUCUGCGGUCCAUACCCUGGGUCCUGGGACUGAGUUUUGAGAUGGAGUUGAGAGCAGGGAAAGGCCUUGAAGUUUGUGCCCCUAUGGGGUGACCAGCUGAUUACUCCCUGAGCUGUAUUUUUUUAACUUGGUCUUCCCUCUCUGCCUUCCAUGAUCUCAGUGCCAGGUGAGGUGUCUGGGUCCCUGUUACAAGUCAGGAGCCCUGUAGGGAGACCUCUUCUUUUGUACAAAGAUCUGAAUGCUGCAAUGAGCAGACUUUUGUACAUUUUUAUAUUAGUUUUUAAUGUCAGUGGCGACUCAGUUCCUGGGCCUACAGCUGGCUCAGGACUUUUGUAAGACAUUUUGAGUGACUCACUUAGAUUUUGUUCCCACUUGCCCUCUUCCUCUGUGAAAUCUAAGUGCAUUAAACAUAUCUGCAGAAGUG